AUGGUGAGAGCUCCUUGCUGCCAGAAAACAGGACUGAAAAAGGGGCCAUGGGCAGCUGAAGAAGAUCAAAUUUUGAUCUCUUUCAUCCAAAAACAUGGCCAUGCCAACUGGCGCGCCCUUCCAAAGCUUGCCGGCCUUUUACGAUGUGGGAAGAGUUGCAGACUUCGAUGGAUAAACUACCUGAGGCCCGAUAUUAAGAGAGGAAAUUUCACUCGAGAGGAACAGAACACCAUUCUUUACCUCCAUGAAAAGCUUGGGAAUAGGUGGUCGGCCAUCGCGGCCCAGCUACCAGGACGAACAGAUAACGAAAUCAAGAACUUUUGGCACACCCACUUGAAAAAACGAGCAAUGAAGAAACAGAGCAACGAUUCCGCCAUUGUUGAACCCAAAUCCAAGCCACCCCAGAAGCUGAAUUCCUCUAACCAAUACGAAUUUCCAUCUUCUUCCCUCGAUCAUUCAUCGGUGACAGAUUCUCCAGCCGCCGUGUGGGGCGGCUGCAACGAAAUCGAGAAGGAACAACGCAUUGAAAUCUUUGAGGCAUUUCAUCAAACAGGUGGCGGGGUAUGGGCAGAGGAGGCGUCGAAUGGGCCAAUGUUCAAGUCGUCGGCGUUCAAUGAUGAAGAACAGGUUCAGUCGCUGUUCAGAGCCAUGGAUUCUAUGGAAUUUGGGUGUUAUUACGACAAUGGCUCUAGCAUGAACGAUGGUAUGGAGUUUUGGUACAGCGUGUUCGUUAAAGCUGGUGGGUCGCUAAAUCACCCUGCAUCUUAA